UUUAUUCUCACUCCUUUGCCUUGCGUCUUCCCCGGCUGUCCAAGGAGUCUCGUGGUCUUUGGCUGUCCCCAUGGCCAAACGUAGUCACCACAAAGAUUUUCUGAGAGGAAAAAGCCAUCAAAGCUUUUCUCUGAGGCGCUAGUCCUUUACAAGUACCCUGGGGGGAGGGGGGGCAUAUUAGUAAAUCUAUGGAAUGUUUUUAAGUUGUACACAAAGCAGGUGUCCGUCAGCAUUUUGUAGCAUAAAAAAGUAAUAAUAAUGGAUCUGGAGAAAACUCUACGGAAUUCCGAAGUUCUCGAAAUAAACACCGGUUGAGAUAUUUAGGAUCGGGUGACCCCCUCACUCUCUUCUGGUAAAUUCAGUGAGGACCAAUCAUGCACUUCUUGUCUCUGACCCCAUUUACCCUCUGCACCCUCUCUCUCCUCCUGUCUCGGGCACUUGGUCAGAGUGACACUGAGCUCCUGGUCACCACCCGCUCUGGAAAGGUGCGAGGUACCAGGAUAAGCGUCCUCAACAGUCAUGUCACAGCCUUUCUAGGGAUCCCGUUUGCUGAGCCUCCAGUGGAUAAGUUAAGAUUUCGACGCACAGAGCCAAAGAAGCCAUGGAGUGAGGUGUGGGAUGCAACAGUCUACCCCAAUGCUUGCUACCAGUACUUUGAUACCCUAUAUCCCGGGUUCUCUGGGAUGGAGAUGUGGAACCCAAACAAGCCAAUGAGCGAGGAUUGCUUGUACCUAAACAUUUGGGUUCCUCACCCUCGUCCUUCAAAUGCUACAGUAAUGGUUUGGAUCUAUGGAGGUGGCUUUUAUAGCGGAUCCUCUUCUUUGGAUGUCUACGAUGGACGUUAUCUUUGCCAUGCAGAAAACGUCAUAGUGGUCUCCAUGAAUUACCGUGUAGGAGCUUUUGGCUUCCUAACCCUGACACCCGGAAGUGCUGAUGCCCCAGGGAAUGCGGGCUUGUUUGACCAGCGUCUGGCACUAGAGUGGGUCCAAGAUAACAUUGUGUUCUUCGGAGGCGAUCCCAGGACUGUCACCAUCUUUGGUGAAAGUGCUGGAGGUGCUUCAGUCGGCAUGCAUGUCCUUUCUCCUGGUAGCCACCAUCUCUUUUCCAAGGCCAUAUUGCAGAGUGGUUCACCUAACACACCAUGGGCUACUGUUACACCCCAAGAGGGUCGACGUCGGGCUGAACUUUUGGGAAAGCUUUUGGAAUGUAGGCAAGGAAAUGACUCCGAAUUGUUAAAUUGCCUAAGAACAAAGCCACCACAGAAGCUCAUUGACCAUGAAUUCUCUGUUCUUCCAUCACCAUGUGUCUUCCGCUUUGCCUUCGUACCAGUGUCUGAUGGAGACUUUUUCCCAGAUGCCCCUGAAAAUUUGUUGAACAUGGGCCGGUUCAAACCAUGCCCCUUGAUAGUGGGUGUUAACCAGAAUGAGGGAUCCUACUUUCUAUUGUACGGUGCACCUGGCUUUAGCAAGAACAAUGAUAGCUUGAUUACGCGGGAGGAGUUCCUUGGUGGGGUGAGGAUGAGUGUUCCACAUGCCAACGACAUUGCCAUGGAAGCAGUGGUGAUGCAGUACACUGACUGGACAGAUGAACAUGCUCCAGUAAAAAACAGAGAUGCCAUGGACCAGUUGGUGGGAGACCACAACGUCAUCUGCCCCGUUACUCAUUUUGCAGGGAAAGUGUCUGAAUUUGGAAACAGAGUCUAUGCCUAUUACUUUGAUCACAGAGCCUCCAAUCUCGCUUGGCCACAGUGGAUGGGAGUUCCACAUGGCUAUGAGAUAGAGUUUGUCUUUGGACUUCCCUUAGACCCCAAAUUGAACUAUACCAAGCAAGAGGCAGAUCUGAGCCGGAGAAUGAUGAAAUAUUGGGCCAAUUUUGCACGGACAGGAGAUCCUAAUGAUGAUGCCCGCCAAUCUCGUUGGCCCAUCUAUACAGUGACAGAACAGAAGUACUUACCUUUGAAUAAUAAACCCCUCCAGAACCUGCAGGGAAUAAGGGUCCAAACAUGCACCUUCUGGAAUCGGUUUCUGCCCAAGCUGCUUAACAUUACAGAUAACAUCGAUGAAGCUGAACGCCAGUGGAAGGUAGAAUUCCACCGCUGGAGUGCCUACAUGAUGCGAUGGAAGAACCAGUUUGACCAUUACAGCAAGCAGGAGCGCUGCAGUGAGCUGUGACAUCACUGUGACAUCACAUCGCCAUCGCCCGCCGACUCUCCUGCUCUUCCGGCAAGGAAACAAGAAACUGCGGCAAACUGUGACAUCACUGCACCGUCCCUCAGUCCACCUGUGCGAAGAUCAGGGGAGUUUUUGUACAUUGUCUCAUUACUGUGACAUCACUACACUCACACUCAAUCAUAGGUUGUAGAACCACUUCACACUUAUGGACAUUGUUGACAUCAAUCAAUGUGAUGGUUCCUGCCUCUUGUAUGUACUGUAUGUUCCACCCCCCAACCCUGAAGUCCUUCAACUUGGGGGGCAUUUUUCAUCUCUGUACGAUGCUGUGACCCCUCCUUCUUUCCCUUUCCGCAUGUCCAUUUGUAUAUAGUGUUUGAUGAUAUAAAGAUAUGUAUAUAUAAAUAUAUAAUAUAUAUAAAUAUAUAUAUAUACAUAUUUCUAAUAUAUAUAUUGAGGGAGAUUUAUGUAUGUUGUAUUUAUUUGUGAUGCUGUGUAUGUCAGAACCUAAAGGAACCAACCCCCCACCCCAUCUCAUGCCAAAGCCACGGUGCCCCUUUAACGGGUAAGUCCACCCAAACGGAUAUUUAAUUUAUGGGCGCACACGGUGGACAGGUCAGUUCAUGAAAUGCCUUCUUAUAUCUCUUGAGGACACCAGAGGCAAAUUCUGUGUCAUGAUUCCCAGCUCCGCCUAUCCGCUACGUCAGUUUCAUGUUAUUCGCUGGAUAUUUGGUUAUUUUAUAUUAUAGUUACGGUUAUAAGUAACAAGCAGAUCUUGCCAUGGGUGUCCCUUUAGAGAUGUAACAGGCCAGUGAGUCUUUCAGCCCACUAUGUGUCUACCCAUGACUGUGUUGAAUGGACUAACCCUUUAAGUCGGACUAAACAGAUUAGUCCACCUCAUGAUCAUUUUUUUUAUCAUUGCUUUUAAACUAUCCCAUGAUACACACCCUGUAUAAAAACGGAAGAGAUAAAAACAUCUGCUACCCUUAUCAGCCCAUAAGGCCGCAGCUGCCAUUUUGCUAAGGCAGCUUAGAAGAGAAAAGCUCUCGACUGGUUGGAGUUUGUUGCCCCUACCAACCAGUUUGAAACUUCUGCAGUUUUUAUAUGUGAUACUUGCUACCUUUACACACAACUGGGUGAGUCCACUUGGGCAGUUCUUCAGGUGCUGAACCGUAAUACCUACCAUGCAAUGCCAGCCAGCUGGGAGCUAGGUGCCUACAGGCCACGUAGGCCAAGUGGAAGCCAUAUUUUACUGUCCAGUCCUACACCAACAUGUCAUCAGGGUCAAGGUUACUUGAACUGGGCUGUCUAUGAGGCUGACGUAUGAAAAAGUGAAGCUGUUGUCCACCCCGACCAAACUCUUAACUUCAGUUGGAACUUUGAAAUGCUACAGUCCUCCCAAGAAGCAAAUACAAUGAAUUCCCUCAAACAUUCAUUCCAGCACCCAUCCCACACUGACCAAAUGACUUCAGCUGCAGCAUGAUGAAUGGCCAUAGCUAGAAUGUUUCCCUUCAAGUGGGCCUUAAA